UAUUUAUAACGACGCAGUUUUCUUCCAAGGUACAAGAAAUCCAGAGGAGGUACGACGCAGUUGUUUUAUGACAGACAGGGAAACUAUUUGUUUAGAUUUAUUUGUCGUUUGAUAUAAUAUGAAAUUAUAUGAGAUAUGCUGACUAUCACUGGACCAGUUUGUUUAGCUUCAAUUGUUGUCAGUGGUGUUUUCAGUAUUUCUGUAAACAAUGGCGGAUAUGAGGAUAUAAAUAUUGUAAUCCAAAACACGGUUGCGGAGAAUGAAAUACUUCUAGAAAGAAUCCAGGAAGUAUUCACCAAAACAUCGCAGCUGCUUUUCGAAGCGACUAGGCACCAAGUUUACUUCAGACAAAUCAACAUCAUAUUACCCAAAUCUUGGAGCUGGAAAUCGGAAUAUACAGAAAUCCCAGCAUUGUCAGAACUAGAGUCCUAUAUUACUGUUGAAGAAGGAAAAGUUAAAUCUCCUCACACAAAACGGAAGAGAAAGAAGUGCGGCGACCCAGGAUGGUACAUAUAUCUACACACUGACUUUUUGUUCACAAAAGGAAACACCGAAUGGGGACCUCAUGAGAACGUUAUAGUACAUGAGUGGGCGCAUUUAAGAUGGGGUCUGUUUGAAGAGUAUGGCAGCAAGAAGAGAGGGCGGUUUUAUCUGGACAAUGGUAUAUGGAACCCUGUUAGAUGCAGUGGGAGUGUUAGCGGAAAAGUAGGAAAAGGUAGAGACUGUACUAGAGCAACGUCAAAGUGUAAAACAACAGACACGAGUCGGUUGAUAAAUGAAAAUUGUAAAUUUUGCCCAGAUGAAUCGCAGGCUGAAUCCAAUUUGAGUUCAAUACUGGCAUUUAACUGGAUUGAUCGGGUGUCUACAUUUUGUGACAAAGAAAACGACAAAACUGUUCCAGUACAUCAAAGACACAACAGCAAGGCCCCUAAUAAACACAAUUCCAAAUGCCGUGGUCGUAGUGCUUGGGAAGUAAUGAGAGAACACGAGGACUUCAAAGCUGCACCAUUGUCGGCCAGCACAAACACGACGCCUAUAUUCAAUAUUCUCCGAGAAACUGACGGCUAUCGUGUGUUUGUACUAGACGUUUCCGGUAGUAUGCAGGGCACAAGAAUUGCAACGUUGUAUCAAGCAUGCGAAUAUAUAAUCCAAACAAAUAUUCCUGAAGAUAGCUGGUUGGGUAUUGUUUGGUUCUCUAGCAGUGGUUCAACAAAGAUGGAUAUUACUCGAGUUACAUCCCAGCAGGUUAGGGAUGCGCUUAUAACUGCAGUUCCACAGACUACCGGUGGAGGCACAUGUAUUGGAUGUGGCAUAGACGAAGCCAUAAGAAUUUUGUCCAGCAAACGUGGUGAUCCUGCCGGAUCCGAAAUCAUGGUGAUAUCAGAUGGUCAAAACAAUGUUGGUGACCUUGAUGCGUCUAUUGAAAAUGCCAAAGAAGCAAAUGUAAUCAUACACACCAUUUCUGUGUCACAAGCAGCAGACGAAAGAAUGAUAUCGAUGGCAACUGCAACAGGAGGCAUACAUAUAUCUUACCUCGAGACUGGAACUAUAAGUUUUGCAUCCGUUUUUAUAGAAAUACUGUCCAGUGGAGUGACCUCCUUUGCGACUGAAUCAACCACGAUUUUGUCAGAGAAGUUGGACUCCUUAUCAUCAAAUACCGUACCAUUCAGUUUUGACAUUGAUAGUAGCGUUGGAAUAAACACUACUGUCAGCAUACUGCAAGGAUCCUCCACAGAUAUAAGCAUAGAGGUCCAAAGUCCAGAUGGUACAGUUUAUACAGAACAAACUACUGGAGGAGAUAGCCUGAUACUAGAUAUUCCUGGCACAGCUGUGACAGGGAAAUAUAAUGCGACAGUAACAACACAAACUUCGACAUCUUUUGAAUAUUACGUAACAUCUUGGCCUACAGGCUCCGAAGUCGUGCGUAUAUCCUCUUGGGUGACUCCAAUAAAUUUAGACUUUUUUACUGGUGAAUUACCUGUGAUCGAAGCUGAUGUAAUGAAAGGUCGAGCGGCUGUUUUGAAUGCAAUUGUGACAGCAGUUGUAGAGACAGGUGGAUCAGAAUCCUGUGAAGUUGCAUUACUCGACGAUGGAGCCGAUCCUGAUGAUACCAUAGACGACGGGGUUUAUGCAGGCGUUAUACCAAGGUUCUGUUUCGACCAAAACGGUCGCGUUAGUGCAAAGGUGUACGCGCGUGGUGAAAAUGGAACAGCAUCUGUACAGGAUGUCUUUAGUGGAGCCGGAAGUCCUGAUUCAGAUGAAGACUUAAACAGCACAGAGGUUCUCCAGGACAGCUUUCAACGAGUCAGUCUGCCCAGUGAGAUUUUAGUAUCGAACUAUUCAAGUAUAAUUGCAAACCAAGAUAUAACUGCACCUGGCCGUAUAACAGAUGUAUCUAUCAUAGACAUUUCCACGGAGAAUACGCAAUACGGCGAGAGUAGAAACUUCACCAUCACAUGGACGGCAACCGGGGAUGAUAUAAACAUUGGACAAGCCACGGAAUAUGAACUGAGAAUCUCUGAUGAUAUAAAUGUCCUGAUAGAUAACUUUUCGAGUGCGGAACUGCUGGAUGUCGUAAAUGCAAACUUCACACCAAAGGCUGCUGGGGAAGUUGAAUACAUCAGAAUAGAAAUAGAUGCGGAAGAGUCAUACACGUCUACAACAUUCUUUGGUAUAAGUGCAAAAGACGAAGCUGGGAAUACAGGCGAUAUCUCUAACAUUGUUUCUAUACUUGUUGCCAAUGGAUACCGAAUUAAAGUCGAAGGUGAUGUGGUUUAUUCUAAAUCUUAUACCGAUGAACAAAUUGAAGAAGAUGUUAUAGAAGAAGAAAAGAAGAAGAAUCUCACAGCACUUAUUAUCGGUUUGUCUUCUACAGCAGGGAUAAUCGUUAUUGCAAUUACCGCCGUAACUGUUUGUAUGAAGAACUUGAAAGCUAAAGAAAGUGUCAAAGAUUGUGAAUUCGGCAGUAGGGCUUCAACGACUACGGUAGUUUCAAUAGAUAAACCGUUGAGAGACUUUUACACUAACAUGGUCUCACGGCAGACGGUUGCAAAGAAAACCUUCCAGUCAGCCCAGCUACAAACCAUUCCAGAGAGAGAAGAAAGCUGGAUUACAUCGUUUUCUUCACGGCCAUCCCCGUAUCAAAGGAAACCGUUUGAUAUAAUAAGUCAAGGUUCAUGCAGUAUUGAAAUGCUAAAUGGCCCGAAUAAUGCGUUUUCAGAGCACAUGGACGAUUACUUGAAUACUGAUGCUACAAGCAUCUUUGAACAACUGUCGCCAAGAAGUGACAAUUUAGCAUUUGAUGAUGGUAUGAUGAUUGAAAAUUCUCCGGAAGCGGAAGUAGAUAUUCUACCAGAGAAAGGAACUACAGCUCAGGCAGACGAUAUAAAAACCAAGUGUAAAUUCCUAGCCGUACUUGAAGAUAUGCCAGAAGAAUUUCCAAUACAAACAACAGAUGAAGGUUUGAGCAAGGAAGCGAAUGCACAGGAGAUUGUUCCCGGAACAGUUGUAAUUCUGGAAGAAAACCACGCAAGGAAGGAGAAUAGAAAGGGAUUCAAACGUGAGCUGAAGGAACCGUAUUUUGAAGAAAGGUCCGUAACAUGUACAAGUUUGUCUGUCGAAUUUCCAGCUCUUGACAAUGACGAAAUAAGUCAAGAGAUCAGUAAGCUUUAUGAUGAUGUUAACUGUUGAGAAACGUGAUUUGUUUUAACAAAAUAUGACUGUGCAACUCUUUUAAUCGAAUUUUUGACUAGUGUUCUUUUUAAGGAAACUUUGUCUUUUUAUUUAGCGAUAGGUUGUCUCCAUGACUGAAUAUGAAUCAUUAUUCUAUAUAGACUGUUCUUUAUUUCCAUUUGGAAAUUGUUGGUUGAAUUAUAUAUUUUUUAUUUACUCUACAUUCAUGAUGCAUUCUGUUAAACGGUAUAAACUAUAGUCUUGAAUUAGACUGGCGUUAAUGUUGAUGGCUUAUCUGUAAUAUGUAUCUACACUGAUAGCUAAAAACCUUAUAAACUAAUAUUAGCUUCACAACAAACUCAACUCACUUGCCUACAGUUGUCAAGACAGAUAUUCAAAUACAUUUUUAUAAAUAUAUGUACCUAAUCCCUGAUUUAGUCUAUUAUUUAAAUUAUAAGAAUGAUGAAACUUGACGUGCCAAUCCACAGAAGUAACGACAUAGUAUCACGACGUUAUCGAAGUAAUGCAGUGAACUGACAAAGAGAUAACAGUAUAGAAAAUUUUAUCUAGUUUUUAAAUGAAUCACAUCUUAACAUAUAUUGUAUAUUUUGUAGAAAAUAUAUUUUAAGCACAGCAAACGAUACACCAGAAAGGUUUUCUAUUUCAAUUAUAUAUCUUCAAAAACUGGAAGUAGCCUAUCUCAAUUAUUUACAAAUGUGAAACAUUUUGACUAAAAUAUCUACUAAUUAAUCAUUUGACAGUUAUUGUAACAUUUGUUAACAUGCCAUUUUGUAUCCUGAUAUCAUUUGGAGCAAAGUAAACACAAAUCCUGGUCUCUAUGAAAAAGCCUCACGUUUCAUUUUCAUAAAUUAGUGAAAUAUAGUGGGAAAUAGUACCAAGUUACCGUAAAUGUAUUUAAUCUCUUUUAAUGUUAUCCAGUUAUUUAAUAUUAUUAAAGGACCUAAAACAGAACCUUUAAAUACAUUCCAAGUCACAAACAGAAACGUUUGCUUUCGUAGCGUAAUUCGUAAUUACCUUUAAAUUGCAUAAUGAGUGCAAUAUCCACCGGUUAAAAUCACCUUGCCUGAGAGGAAAAGUUUUACCCACCUGGGGUCUUCCUCAACCAUCAAAGCUGGAGAGUCGCCAUAUGAUCUAUAUUUGUGUCGGUGCGACGUUAAACCCAACAAAAAAUUCUAUACUUUUUGUGUAUAAUCUAUUCUUGGACUAUAGGUAUUUAAUGAAUUAAACGUUUUACAGACGCGUUUUUAUUGUUUCAACCAGUAUCAACCGUUUGCCAUGUCAUAAUUUAAAGCCAGGUUUGCUAGUUUUGUGAUAUAAUGUUCAAUGCAAUCAGUACAUACAAUAACAUAAAACAUUUAAAAUGUAAAAUAAUCUUGAAUCACUGCAUUUGUCCUGUCAAUACAAUAUUUUCCGCACAAAAAAUGCCCGUGUCAAUAUUUUUCAACCUUUAACCUGCUAAAUAUUUAAAAUGGACUUGUCCAUCAUUCAAUUUGGCAUACCACUUAUUAUUCAAAGGGUGUUCACUGAAAAUUUACUAACUAGAUAGCGAACAGCGCAGAACACUAUCAGCCUGCAUGGACGUGCAGGCUGAUCUUGGUCUGCACAAGUCGCAAAGGCAGGCUAAAGGCUAAUACUUCUGUUACUUUUCAAAAUUGAACAAUGGCAAUAUUGAUACAUUACUCUUGCGGUUAUUGUAAAUUUCUUGAUUUUGUGGACUCGAUGGUGUAAAAUCUUUCAGAUAGUUUUGGAAAUGUGUUUUCAGUAAUUCACAUGGCUAUAAAUUUUUUGCUUCUUGUUUAUAGAUUUGGGAAACCUUUUCUACGGAUGUAUGUUUAGGACAUGCAAUUAAUUUUUUUAUCACGAGCGCUCGACAUCUUAUCUCGAGCGCACAACAUCCUAUCUCGAGCGCUCGGCAUCUUGUCUCGAGCGCUCGACAUUUAAUCUAUAUAUAUUAAGGCCCUUUGUGUGUAUUUAGGCCAUCAGUAAAACAUACGGAAAAGUUGAUAACUAGGGUUCCGCCUUUUCCGACGUUAUUUAAACUUCCCACAAGUGCAUGUACAAGUUUAUCACACCAUUUGGGAGAGCAAUACACAUAAUUUGUCAUCCUAUCUUCAAAAUUAAAUGAACAUAAUCAACGAUGCUUUCUGCAUGUUUAUGAUGUUAGAAUAGCAACAAAUCGCAGUUCGACUGAUAAAUUCGCGCAGAAAAGUUAUAAAAUUGCAUACAUGAAUUAAGGGAAAGCAAGGAAAUUCUUUAAUAUAUUGGCGAGGCCUACAUACUAAAUCCUUUUUUUUUGUCAAGGACUUAAAUUUAUUUCUUUGCGUCAUCACUGAAUUUUUUGCUGCCUUUUUUAUCAGUUUGCGUAUUUAAAGGUCCAAUACUAAGGAAAGUGAACAUUUUAAUUUCUUUUAAAAAGCACAGAAACUAUUUCAUUUUAUUGGAAAAUGAAAGUUGGUAUGUAGAAAUUCGAAAUAAAUCGCAGUAUAUGUACAAUUAUUUUUCUAUGAAGUAUGAAGAAAGUUAAAAAGACCUGGGGGUCAUUCUGUCGAUUCAUUGAAAUUUCAACAUAAUACACAUACAUUUCUUUGAGUUCCAAAGACCUUCUGUAAAUUUUGACCUGCCAAUCUUCAUUAUUUAGUGUCUUGCAGAAGCCUAUGCACUGGCUAUGAAAAAAAUUGCCAACUCGCUUUCCCUUAGUAAUGGACCUUUAAAUUAUAACCCUGCAAACAAGUGAAACGGUUAUAAGUAUAAUCGAAACAAAAGCAAAAACAGUGGCAGUCGUAAGUUUUUGAUGAUGAUCUGAAUUCACACAAAGGGCCUUAAUAUACAUUGAUAAGAUGCCGUGCGCACGAGAUGAGAUGUUGAUCACUCGAGAUAAGAUGUCGUGCGCACGAAAUAAGAUGUUGAUCGCUCGAGAUAAGAUGUUGAUCGCUCGAGAUAAGAUGUCGUGCGCACGAGAUAAGAUGUUGAUCGCUCGAGAUAAGAUGUCGUGCGCACGAGAUAAGAUUUUUAUUGUUCAAAAUAAGAUGUCGUGCGCACGAGAUAAGAUGUUGAUAGCUCGGGAUAAGAUGUCGUGCGCACGAGAUAAGAUGUUGAUCGCUCGAGAUAAGAUGUCGUGCGCACGAGAUAAGAUGUUGAUCGCUCGAGAUAAGAUGUCGUGCGCACGAAAUAAGAUGUUGAUCGCUCAAGAUAAGAUGUCGUGCGCACGAGAUAAGAUGUUGAUCGCUCGAGAUAAGACGUUGAUCGCUCGAGAUAAGAUGUCGUGACCGGGAUAUAACAUGUUGACCGCUCUAGAUAAGAUGUCGUGCGCACGAGAUAAGAUGUUUAUCGCUCAGGAUAAGAUGUCGUGCGCACGAGAUAAGAUGUUGAUCGCUCGAGAUAAGAUGUCGUGUGCACGAGAUAAGAUGUUGAUCGCUCAAGAUAAGAUGUCGUGCGCACGAGAUAAGAUAUUGAUCGCUUGAGAUAAGAUAACGUGCGCACGAGAUAAGAUGUUGAUCGCUUAAGAUAAGAUGUCGUGCGCUCGAGAUAAGAUGUAGUGCGCACGAGGUAACUUAAUCUUAAAAAAAUAAAUGCAUGUCCUAAACAUACCAUCGUACUUUUCUUCAUGUAGUAUGUUAUAUAAUUCUUUGAGACAAUAGUGUCUGAUUUGUUUGUCCGAUACUAUUGUCGUGUCGACAUUUGUUUAGAGAGAGAGUAUUAAUUUUCGUAUGUUUAGGAUGACACGAAUUGAUAUUUGUUAUUUUUGUAAACAGUGUCAGUCUUGAUAUUUAUACAUUUAACCCUUAUCACGCUAUACACGACUGAGUCUGCCUUUGCGACCAGUGUAGAUCAUGAUCUGCACUGUUCGCCAUUUUGGCAAGCACCCCUUUUAACAGUUACUGUUACUGUCCAAAGUAAAAGAUGAAUAAGUUCAUGAUAGAAAUUUAGCCGGGUAAGGGUUAAGAACGAUAAUUGUAUGCUGUUUUAUUCUAGGUCUUGACAUACGCAAUUGAAUUAAUGAAACUCUUUCAGAUACUGAUUGAGACUGACCAUAUAUACUUAGAAAUAAAAUUUUCAUCCGAAAACCUUCGUAUAAUCAGCUUAUUUUUGUCCAUAUAAUAACCUAAGGAAAUUAAUUAUAAGAAUGGAUUUAUGUGCAUCUCAAAGGGAUUGUAUGGGGAAUCAAGUGAAAGGAACCAGAUCAAUAAACUAUUAAUAAAACUUA